GUCAUCAAGAACCCACCUUGGCCAAUCAAGAGAGGAAUCAGCUGGCUAAUCACCGGGCAGGCACCGCCUUUUUCUUCCCGCUUCCUAGCUUGUUUGCUUUCGACCAGCCAAGGAGACCUGGUGGCAGGGUUGAUCUCAUAUUUAUUGUGCCUCAAAAUCCCUUCUCUGAAGUCUGCCUUCCCUGGAGAAGCAAGAUGGCAGAAUCGGAUUCUACUGACUUUGACCUGCUGUGGUAUCUAGAGAAUCUCAGUGACAAGGAAUUUCAGAGUUUUAAGAAGUAUCUGGCACGCAAGAUUCUUGAUUUCAAACUGCCACAGUUUCCACUGAUACAGAUGACAAAAGAAGAACUGGCUAACGUGUUGCCAAUCUCUUAUGAGGGACAGUAUAUAUGGAAUAUGCUCUUCAGCAUAUUUUCAAUGAUGCGUAAGGAAGAUCUUUGUAGGAAGAUCAUUGGCAGACGAAACCGCAAUCAGGAGGCAUGCAAAGCUGUCAUGAGGAGAAAAUUCAUGCUGCAAUGGGAAAGUCACACUUUUGGAAAAUUUCAUUAUAAAUUUUUUCGUGACGUUUCGUCAGAUGUGUUCUACAUACUUCAAUUAGCCUAUGAUUCUACCAGCUGUUAUUCAGCAAACAAUCUCAAUGUGUUCCUGAUGGGAGAGAGAGCAUCUGGAAAAACUAUGGUUAUAAAUCUGGCUGUGUUGAGGUGGAUCAAGGGUGAGAUGUGGCAGAACAUGAUCUCGUACGUCGUUCACCUCACUUCUCACGAAAUAAACCAGAUGACCAACAGCAGCUUGGCUGAGCUAAUCGCCAAGGACUGGCCUGACGGCCAGGCUCCCAUUGCAGACAUCCUGUCUGAUCCCAAGAAACUCCUUGUCAUCCUCGAGGACUUGGACAACAUAAGAUUCGAGUUAAAUGUCAAUGAAAGUGCUUUGUGUAGUAACAGCACCCAGAAAGUUCCCAUUCCAGUUCUCCUGGUCAGUUUGCUGAAGAGAAAAAUGGCUCCAGGCUGCUGGUUCCUCAUCUCCUCAAGGCCCACACGUGGGAAUAAUGUAAAAACGUUCUUGAAAGAGGUAGAUUGCUGCACGACCUUGCAGCUGUCGAAUGAGAAGAGGGAGAUAUAUUUUAACUCUUUCUUUAAAGACCGCCAGAGGGCGUCGGCAGCCCUCCAGCUUGUACAUGAGGAUGAAAUACUCGUGGGUCUGUGCCGAGUCGCCAUCUUAUGCUGGAUCACGUGUACUGUCCUGAAGCGGCAGAUGGACAAGGGGCGUGACUUCCAGCUCUGCUGCCAAACACCCACUGAUCUACAUGCCCACUUUCUUGCUGAUGCGUUGACAUCAGAGGCUGGACUUACUGCCAAUCAGUAUCACCUAGGUCUCCUAAAACGUCUGUGUUUGCUGGCUGCAGGAGGACUGUUUCUGAGCACCCUGAAUUUCAGUGGUGAAGACCUCAGAUGUGUUGGGUUUACUGAGGCUGAUGUCUCUGUGUUGCAGGCCGCGAAUAUUCUUUUGCCGAGCAGCACUCAUAAAGACCGUUACAAGUUCAUACACUUGAACGUACAGGAGUUUUGUACAGCCAUUGCAUUUCUGAUGGCGGUACCCAACUAUCUGAUCCCCUCAGGCAGCAGAGAGUAUAAAGAGAAGAGAGAACAAUACUCUGACUUUAAUCAAGUGUUUACUUUCAUUUUUGGUCUUCUAAAUGCAAACAGGAGAAGGAUUCUUGAGACAUCCUUUGGAUACCAGCUACCGAUGGUAGACAGCUUCAAGUGGUACUCGGUGGGAUACAUGAAACAUUUGGACCGUGACCCGGAAAAGUUGACGCACCAUAUGCCUUUGUUUUACUGUCUCUAUGAGAAUCGGGAAGAAGAAUUUGUGAAGAAGAUUGUGGACGCUCUCAUGGAGGUUACAGUUUACCUUCAAUCAGACAAGGAUAUGAUGGUCUCAUUAUACUGUCUGGAUUACUGCUGUCACCUGAGGACACUUAAGUUGAGUGUUCAGCGCAUCUUUCAAAACAAAGAGCCACUUAUAAGGCCAACUGCUAGUCAAAUGAAGAGCCUCGUCUACUGGAGAGAGAUCUGCUCUCUUUUUUAUACAAUGGAGAGCCUCCAGGAGCUGCAUAUCUUUGACAAUGACCUUAAUGGUAUUUCAGAAAGGAUUCUGUCUAAAGCCCUGGAGCAUUCUAGCUGUAAACUUCGCACACUCAAGUUGUCCUAUGUCUCGACUGCUUCUGGUUUUGAAGACUUACUCAAGGCUUUGGCUCGUAACCGGAGCCUGACAUACCUGAGUAUCAACUGUACGUCCAUUUCCCUAAAUAUGUUUUCACUUCUGCAUGACAUCCUGGACGAGCCCACAUGCCAGAUAAGUCAUCUGAGCUUGAUGAAAUGUGAUUUGCGAGCCAGCGAAUGCGAAGAAAUCGCCUCUCUCCUCAUCAGUGGCGGGAGUCUGAGAAAACUGACCUUAUCCAGCAAUCCGCUGAGGAGCGACGGGAUGAACAUACUGUGCGAUGCCUUGCUUCAUCCCAACUGCACUCUUAUAUCACUGGUGUUAGUCUUCUGCUGUCUCACUGAAAAUUGCUGCAGCGCCCUUGGAAGAGUGCUUCUGUUCAGCCCAACUCUAAGACAGCUAGACCUGUGUGUGAAUCGCUUAAAAAAUUACGGAGUGUUGCAUGUGACAUUUCCCUUGCUGUUUCCAACCUGUCAGUUAGAGGAGCUUCAUCUGUCUGGCUGUUUCUUUAGCAGCGAUAUCUGUCAAUAUAUUGCCAUAGUUAUUGCUACUAAUGAAAAACUGAGGAGCCUGGAGAUUGGGAGCAACAAAAUAGAAGAUGCAGGAAUGCAGCUGCUAUGUGGUGGUUUGAGACAUCCCAACUGCAUGUUGGUGAAUAUUGGGCUAGAAGAGUGCAUGUUAACCAGUGCCUGCUGUCGAUCUCUUGCCUCUGUUCUUACCACCAACAAAACACUAGAAAGACUCAACUUGCUUCAAAAUCACUUGGGCAAUGAAGGAGUUGCAAAACUUCUUGAGAGCUUGAUCAGCCCAGAUUGUGUACUUAAGGUAGUUGGGCUUCCAUUAACUGGCCUGAACACACAAACCCAGCAGUUGCUGAUGACUGUAAAGGAAAGAAAACCCAGUUUGAUCUUUCUGUCUGAAACCUGGUCUUUAAAGGAAGGCAGAGAAAUUGGUGUGACACCUGCUUCUCAGCCAGGUUCAAUAAUACCUAAUUCUAAUUUGGAUUACAUGUUUUUCAAAUUUCCCAGAAUGUCUGCAGCCAUGAGAACGUCAAAUACAGCAUCUAGGCAACCCCUUUGAUCAUGUUCUAUGUAAACAGUAUUUAUUAUAAAUUACUACCGUGACUGGGAUGCAAGAGAAUUAGGACUAUAAUUUUCCUAUUUGAUGUGUGUGUGUGUGUGUGUGUGUGUGUGUGUGUGUGUGUGUGUAUGUGUGUGACCUUGAUCCAGUCAACCACUUCAAAUUCCUACACUGUCUCAAGAGUAUUAAAAGGAUUAUAUGAAGUAAUAAAGGAUAAAAUGCAUUGGAAAAAGCUGUGAAGCAUGAUUGUUUCAUCAGUGGGCAUGGUGGAGUAACACUAAAGAAACUAUGAUCCUUUCAUGGCUUGUUUCUUGUUUUUGUUUUUCUGGGUUUUGUUUUUGUUUGUUUUUUUUGUUUUUGUUUUUGUUUUGGUCUAGGGAGAGUUGUUAGAAGGUAUCCCUAGGAAUCCUUCGAAAUGAAAUCCUCAUCUCACCUUCCCUCCUGACUUUGUAUUCCUGCUGCACCAUGUUCUUCCCGGAUCUACCUAACACCGUAACUGGCAUUCAUUUCCGUAUCUCCCCUGCUCUUAGCCAGCUCCGCUCACAAACUUGUGUGUGUUCCAUGGGAUGAAGGGUGACUUCUCUAAGCUGUGGAGAAAUAUCAGAUAUGUGUGGCCUCAGAAAAAGCGUCUCCUUUUCACCUUCUUUCAGAAGAGGGAGUUGAACUGGGCAUCCUCUGAUAAUGUUUCCAACCCUGACACUGUAUUUACAAUGCCCCAUUACUAAGCAUCUGGUUGCUGUACCUAAUAGGCCUCCAUAGGUGAGGGGAUACCUACUCAAGGUGGGUAGGUUUUAGUGUCUUUACGUGCUGAAAAAAAAAAUUUUUUUUUUUUUUUUUUGAGAUGGAGUCUCGCUGUGCUGCCCAGGCUGGAGUGCA